GUAGAUCGCUCUUACAUGAGGUUAACAGAGAAGGAAGAUGAAACGUUGCCCAUAGAUAUAGUCCUUCAGACUCUGCUGGCCUUUGCAGUGACCUGCUAUGGGAUCGUACAUAUCGCAGGGGAGUUCAAGGACAUGGAUGCCACUUCAGAACUGAAAAAUAAGACGUUUGACACAUUAAGGAACCAUCCAUCUUUUUAUGUAUUUAAUCAUCGUGGUAGAGUAUUGUUCCAGUCCCCAGACACAGUGAAUUCUUCUUCAAACCAAGAUGCUUUGUCAUCCAGCUCAUCACUGAAAUUUAGAAAACUUGAACCUCUGCGUCGCUAAGACUUUGACAGAGAAUCAUCAUAAUCCAGGACACUGGGAUGUAAUAUUCAAGUCGGGGAUGUAAACACUUUUUUUAAUUUCUGGAGCAGUAUUUAUAUUGAUCUUCCAGACUUUAUAAAGUAUAUAUAUAUAUAUAUAAACUAAGGACCUUCUUUGUACACUGUUAAUGAAAAUGAAUUGUGAAUUGGCAACGCAGUGUAAAUUAUUCUGCAGUUAAUGCUGUGAAACACAUCUUCAAAUUUUCACCUAUUAAAACAAGUUGCAGCUGACUUUAACUUCAGUUAAAACAAACAAAAA